GAGCUCUCAGUGGUCACAGCUCCACCCCCGAUGUCUCACAGGCCUCAGCCGCGCAGCCUUGCUGCAUACCUAGGCGCCUCCAGAAGGACAGGAGUGAAUACUGCGACAACUCCUCCAAACAUUAUGCUGCUUCUUCCUUCACUCUUCUCGCGCAGCUCCUGCGAUCGCAUAGCCAUCUACAACCAUCGGCAUGGAGAAAAACGGUCAUUUCGCAGACUUCGAUGAGGAGGCUACCUUCAGAGACAGCUUGCAUCGGGCAGUCCUCGAUUCGACGCGCAACUUCGUGGUGCAGUUUGGAGAGGCGAGUGCUGAAAUUGCUUUUGAUUUCCAGGCAGAUGGUAUUGAGGCUCUAUUGAACAGCUCGAGACCUGCAGAACGGCCUGUGAGGUGGAUUAACAUUUGGGCGCCUCACCGACAAAGUGACAUUCUGAAACUGCUCGGGGCUUACUACAAGUUCUCUCCGAGGCUCCUCGCAAUUGUCGGCUCAGAUCCUCCAGAAUCGAAACACCAGCAAGACAAACCCGUUGGCAAGUUCAAGGCCAAGCUAUACAGGAAGGAUGAUAUUGAGAUUGCAACUACGGGAAUGAGCCUUGAUCUGCCUAGAUCUCCACGAAAGUCUGCGCUCCAUGAUAUUAGUCACUAUGCUCUUGCGAGACAGAUGGUAAACUAUCAGUCCCAUGAUGUCGGGGCACAAUUUCUAUGCGUCGGAGCAAACUGGAUCCACGAGUUGAAGCCUCUCUCCAACGAUAAUGACGCAGAAAAGGUUUCCGAGGGAAGACAGAAGCGUUUAUAUUCCUGGCUUGUUAUAUGUGAUGACCAUACCGUCAUAUCACUUCACGAGCAUCCAGGAGAAAUCGAAGACAAGGAUGACCUGUCAGCCAUUCGUGCGAAUACGUUAAGUGUUUUAAGCCAGCUCUCAAAGCUUGGUACUGCAGAUCCCAUCUCACUGCAAACAGUUCGGCAAGCUUUGAAGCUGGAUCCUGCACAAGGCAACCCAGGACGUGAAGGAGCAAGUCUUCUAUUCUACUAUUUGUUUGACGACUGGCGAGCAGUUUAUUUGACGGUUGCUACGUAUCAUAGACGAUUAGACGAGCUGCAAGAUGCAAUUCUCGGCGAGGUCAAUCGAAAGGCUAACUCCUCACCAAACCUCCAAAUCAUUCCACGACUCCAUAUUCUUGGACGCCGGAUCAGACAAAACCAGCACUUGUAUGAAGGGUACAAGAACCUAAUCAAACGAAUUCUCGAGCCCAAAACCACAAUGGCCCACGAGAUUCUUCCGUCUCGAACUCCAACAGGCUUCAGCACCGCCCCCGGAAGUCGCGGUGUUUCGCUAGCUCUAUCUGCUACCCAACGCUUUGAGAGGCUCAGCGACAGACUGGAAUUACUCAUCUUGAGCGAAACAAAAGAAUUCCUCGCCGAGAAAGAUGCCCUGGUUUCCACGUACUUCAACAUCAAUGCCCAAAAAGACACCGAAGCCACCGCCCGGCUGACUCGAUCCGCAACCUUGCUAGCCAAACUCUCCGUCCUCUUCCUCCCAGUCAGCUUAAUGACCAGCUACUUCUCCGUCCAAAUAAAAGACCUAGAAGGCGUCUACACGACGCAGGAUUACUGGUACUCGUUUGCUGUUCUGAUGAGCAUCUCCUUCCUGUUUUUGUUCUUCUUCAGCAGGCUGCUGAUGUAUGUUACUGAGACACUGGAUGCGUGGGUCAAGAAGGUCUCGCAUUCGGGAGUAAAAUAUGUGACGAAGAAAUUGAGGAAGAGGGAUGAAGAGAAGUCGUAGCUACUGGAAUGGGGCGUUAGCUUGUGCUUGCGAAUGCGGUAUUUGCAUUAGGUGGUAUGGCGUUGGUUGGAUGGACAUGAAGCAGGUUGGAAUACCACAGUGUUUGAAGAUUUGAUUUGCACAUAUGAAAUUCAAUCUACUUAUAUUUGAACACUUUCUUAUAUCUAUUGAGCUGGCAAAACGCAGUCAAGAUCACCUUCACAAUAUUCAAUCUGCACGUAACUUGCGUAGAAUCCAAUAGCUCCACACUCAAGCAGCUUAUCUAACUUGAAUCUCAAGAUUUACAUGGUCUAAACAUGAUACC